AUGGAGGACAAUAUCGAAACCUUCGACCUGACGCCUUCGGAGACCCACGAAUCGAGUGAGAGCCAGGACCUCCCACUACAGGAAAUGGAUGACCCUCUUGCCGCGGGUAUGGCACUGGUUGCACGAUUCAAUGAAGGCUCUACAUCCACUGUUGGUCCAGCUCCUGACAACUUACCCAGCGUUGGCGUGAACGAACCAACCUCCGCAGGCUCACGGCCGUCUGUCGAUCAAGCCAUGGACGCUGAACUCGACUCUGAAGCGGAAAAUUGGUCCGGUUUCUCGCACCCUGAAUAUAAUUACAAACUACAAAGUCUCCUUGAUAAGUCCCGCUGCAGGAAGCGAGACCUGAAGUUGUUGAGGGAGGAGAAAAAGGAGUACCUUGAGCGGAACAGGAAACUUCAAGCCGAGAUCGAGCAACUCAGAGCGCCGAAAUUGAGACACACUGGAGUGACUUGGCCAUCUUUGUUCGACGAUGAAGUCAGGCCUGGCUGGAUGACAAUCUACGCGACUGCGUGUAAGGAGGGCAAUGCUUCGCCUCUUGUCUGCAAGAUACAUCCAGAUCUUCGCUUGAGAAAGCCUACAUCAGAGGAGCGAAAGAAAGAUUUGUUGCAGGAGGACACGGAAGUUUCUCUCCCAAUGAUGCCGGAAACUUUGAAGUUACCUGCAGACAUUCAGUUCCGGAUCUUGAAGCACUUCUUCCACUUCAAAGGCAAUGUUGUCCAUGCCAUAUCUCGCCUUGAUCCCGAGUACCCGGAAGAUAGUGCGCCAUUGGGUCGUGAUGGGAAACCAAGCUUCUACCAUCGGCUCCACGUGGGUAGGAAGCCGGGUCGCUUUGCCAAGGGCAUCAGAGCAAACGUGCAAAGGCUGCAGCAUGUCGAGAUUGUCUGGAUAGGAUCACAGUUCCUCACCCACCGGGUAAAUGAGCGUAACAAGUACACGUCGCGCCGCACAUACUCGCUCAUCUGGCUUCCGGAGGCCAUUCGCCUCAAGACUCUGGGAAUCUAUCUUCCUGAGUCUAGCAAGGAUUACACGCGCCGCAGACACGAAACAAAUGGAGUGGUUCGUUACAUGCAGCGCAAGUCCCAGCUUCAUCCCAACUUCAGGGGCUUUCGUCAGCUUCGCACGCUGCAGGGGCUUGACUAUGUCUCUUGCCUCCGAGGCCUCGACCGAGCCGACUUUUGGGACUUUGACCGGUGGCUGGAGACGGCGGAGAGAAAGCGUCCAGUGCGAGACUGGCAUUUCGUCCAAGACGUGAAUAACGCUGUCCGGAGGCCAAAGGAGGCUGGCGAUCGGCUUCGAUCGCAGCUGAAGAAUCUGUUCCCUUUGAUCCCAUCGUUUGCACCAUCUGAAGAGGACUGGGCAAUUCUGCUCGAUGGUCUCGAGAAACCAGAUGCCCAAGGACACGGAUCUGGGACAUCUGAGGAUGCGAUCAUGGUGGACGACAGUGGCUCUUCGUCUGAGUCAAGUUCCGAGAGUUCUGCUGAUGGCAGCGAUGAUGGAGAGAACAAUGGAGAGGAUGAUGGUGUUCUGAGCUCACGAGCCAGCAGUAUAUUUCCUCAGUUUGGCCAUCAUCCGUUACAAGACAACAACAACAACUCUCAACCGGACCCACAAGUACCUGAGGUGGAAGUUGAUGCAACCAAUGACGUGGAGAUGGACGGUGGCCAGGAGAUGGACGGUGACCAGGAGAUGGAUGAUGAUGAAGAAUCUGAUGAUGAAAGUGAUGAUGAUGAUGAAGGAUCCGAUGAUGGAGAAUCUGACGAUGAGUCUACCAUCAUUCCAGAUGAUCGAUCUAUCACUGAAAGUCAAGUCAUUGACCUUACCAUGGACCUCACUGAACAGCAGCCGGAUCAAGAAAUUGUCAGUCAAACUACAGCGCCGACAAGUGGCAGCAGAGCAGACAGCCCGAUGUUUGUCGAUGAUUUCCAUCCCGAAUACUCGCCAUCGCCGACAACUCUCGACCACAUAGCCACAAGGUCCGACUGGGAGGCUAGAUCACAGGCAAGCAGUGGACCCGGAGACGAAGAAAGCCUCUUCGUAGGCAGCGAGCCGUCAUUCUUGCGUCUGCCACGAUCGGUUGCCGGGACCCGAACAAGGAGCAGCCCGACGGCGUCGAGCGAGAGCAGAGACAUGCAGCAAGAGGACCUGACAGAGAGAUUCUUGCCGGUUGAGAACCUGGAUGAGGUGCCCUCUGGGCCCCAUAAGCGGGAAAUUGUCGAUGGGGAGGAUGUUGGUUUGGGGAGUGUCAAGAGGGCUCGUACAAGCGAGUCGCGAGGUUAUACACGUUGA